UCUGGUGUUUUAGCUCCACAAAUAGGGAAUAUGACAUCGCUAUAGCUUGAGACAAAUUUCAGUUAAAAUAUACAGUAUAUAUGUAUAUUUGUCACUUUAGUCCACGGUUGGAAAAAAAUUGCAAAUCAUUGUGUUUAGUUUUUUGCUUUAACGGGUCAACCAUUAUAACAGGGUUUACUUGUAGCCCUGAUACGUGCUGACACAUUUAUACAUUUAGUUACCAACUAUGGUCAGAUGGUUAAACAUUUAUUCUGACCAUGACUUAAGACCAAGGCAGUCUACCCGAGUUUGUUUCGCACAUCAUUUGCUGUGUGAAAAUGGUGGAAUUUGGAGAGAUUCUCACAACUAUCGGAGAAUUUGGUCUCUUCCAGAAACUUCUUACCUUCGGGUUAGCCUUCCCGAAUUUCUUACUGCCUGUUUUCUUUUGUAGUUUUCUUUUUAUUGAGUCUGAUCCAGAGCGACACUGUAAAACAGACUGGAUCCUGAAAGCCGAUCCUAACCUGACUGCAGGUGAGCAGCUGAACCUGACUCUGCCCCGGGAGGAGGAUGGGACCUUCAGCAAGUGUCGGAUGUUUGUCCCUGUGGACUGGGACAUUGGUGCCAUCAGGAAGUACGGACUCAAUGAGACCACAGGGUGCCAGAGUGGAUGGGUGUACAACAACACACUGUAUGAAGCCACCAUAGUCACUGAUUUUGACUUGGUCUGCGACAAGUCUAACAUGGUUGAAGUUGUGGAGACAGUCUUCCUGAGUGGUUUGCUUGCUGGUUCAUUCAUCUUUGGACCUAUAGCUGAAUCGUACGGCCGCAGGAAAAACACCCAGUUACCAAGUGUCCUUAUGCUGAUAUUUGUCGUGGUUGCUGGUGUUGCUCCAAACGUCUAUAUUCACAUCCUGUCACAGUUCAUAGUUGGAGUUGGAAUCGGAGGAUAUAGAAUUAACUCCAUUGUAUUAGCUACCGAGUGGACAGGGGUCACCCAAAGGUCCUUGGUCUCCUGUUUAAGCCAGUUGUUUGGAGCGCUUGGACAAUCUGCCAUGGCUGGUCUGGUCUAUGCUAUUCAUGAUUGGAAAACAGCACAAUAUGUCAUGGGAGGAGUGCAGGCCUUUAUAUUCUUGUACAUAUGGUGGAUUCCUGAAUCUGCAAGGUGGCUGCUUGGACAGGGAAGAACCGAAGAAGCAAAUAAGUAUAUACGCAAAGUUGCAGCAAUUAAUAAAAAGAAAAUCCCAGAGAAUCUGCUGGAGGAGGUGACUGGGGAUCGAAAAGUCCAAAGUGGGGGAAUAAAAGUCAUUUUUACCUCAAGAGUCCUGAUGAAACAUUUCAUCAUCAUUUCUUUUGCCUGGUUUGCAUUAUAUCUAGGUUACUUCUGCCUUACUCUCAAUGUGGGUAAGUUUGGUCUGAACAUCUUCCUGGUCCAGCUCCUGUUUGGGCUCUCUGAGAUACCAGCACAUCUCCUGUGUAUCUGGGUCCUGGAGUUCAUAGGGAGAAAGAAAUCCCUAAUUUCAACCCUCCUGAUAGGCAGUCUUGUUUGCCUUUUAACCCUGGCUUUCCCACAAGACAGUGCUGUUGUUAUCACAGCCCUCGUAACCACUGGAAGGUUCUUUCUGAACUGGGCUGGGUCAGUAUGCAUGGUCUACAUUCAGGAGUUGUUUCCAACCUCUGUCAGGCAAACGGCCGUUGGUUUGGGCUCCAUAGCCUUUAGAGUAGCAAUCCUGCUGUCUCCAUUGCUCAACAUGUUGGCCACAUACCACUGGUCCAUACCCAUUAUAGUCUUCAGCAGUUUUGUGGUGGUCAGUGGAGCUCUUGUCUUCCUCCUUCCUGAGACCAGCAAAAAAGAGCUUCCGGAUUCAACUAAUGAGGUUGCAGGCAACUGCUGCCUGAACAUGGCUGAUUUUGGGGAAAUCCUCUGUAAUAUCGGAGAGUUUGGAUUAUUUCAGAAGAUCACUCUUUUUACUCUUUGCUGCCCAAAUAUUAUUCUGCCUUUUCACUUUGCUAGUGUGCUUUUCACCCAGUCUGAUCCAGAGCGACACUGUAACACAGACUGGAUCCUGCAAGCUGAUCCUAAUCUGACUGCAGAUGAGCAGCUGAACCUCACUCUGCCCCAGGAGGAGGAUGGGACCUUCAGCAAGUGUCGGAUGUUUGUCCCCGUGGACUGGAACAUUGGUGCCAUCAGGGAGUACGGACUCAAUGAGACCACAGGGUGCCAGAAUGGAUGGGUGUACUACAGCACACUGUAUGAAGCCACCAUAGUCACUGAUUUUGAUCUGGUCUGUGACCAGGCGAAUUUGUUGGAAGUGGCACAAACAGUGUUUAUGGCUGGCAUUCUUAUUGGUUGUCUCUUAUUUGGACCUUUUGCUGAAUCGUUUGGUCGCAAACGAGCAGCUCAGAUUCCAGUCUUUGUGCUGCUCAUCUUUACUGUAACAACCGGAUUAUGUCCCAACUUCUAUUUAUAUUUGGCAUCCCAGUUCAUGGUGGGAAUUGGCUAUGGAGGUUAUCGACUUAAUGCUAUCAUAUUAGCCACUGAAUGGAUUGGGGUCUCCAGAAGAUCAUGGGGAACAUGUGUGACUCAGUUAUUCGGUGCAGUUGGACAGAUUUCCCUCGCUGGUAUGAUCUACUUCAUCAGAGACUGGAGACUGGCUCAACUAGUCACAGCAGCUCCACAUGCAGUGAUUGCUAUUUACAUAUGGUUUAUUCCAGAGUCAGCCAGAUGGUUGUUGAACAGAGGAAGGACAGAAGAGGCUAAACAGCUGAUAACCAAAGUGGCAGCCAUCAACAAACGCACUUUCCCAGAGUCUCUGCUGGAUAUGAUUGUUGAGAAAGAAACUGAGAAAAAGAGAGGCAUAAAAAUUCUUAUCCAAUCAUCUGUGCUUAGGAAGUAUUUCUUUACCGUAAUAUUUGCAUGGUUCUCAUUGAAUGUUGCCUACUAUUGCCUUCAAUUCAAUGUGGGAAAUUUUGGCCUGGACAUCUUCCUGACCCAGCUCAUGUUUGGUCUGACUGAACUGCCAGCUCAUAUAAUUUGCAUCUGGCUGUUAGAAGCACUGGGGAGAAAAAUUUCACUGAUGUCAACACUUCUGAUUGGAGGAUUCUUGUGCCUAUUGAUACUAGCUGUGCAAGGUAAUGCCAUUGCUGUGACUGCCUUAGUAACCACAGGACGUUUUUUCAUGAACUGGGCAGGAUCUGUAUGCACUGUGUACAUUCAGGAGCUGUUCCCAACAUCUUUUCGACAAACAGCCUCUGGUUUGGGCUCCAUUGUAAGUAGAGCUGGUGGCUUGCUCUCUCCGUUGGUCAACAUGUUGGCCAUGUACCACUGGUCCAUACCCACCAUAGUUCUCAGCACCCUUUCAAUGGUCAGUGGAGCUCUCUGCUUCCUGCUUCCUGAGACCAGGAGAAAGGAGCUUCCUGAUUCAACUGAUGAGGCUGAGGGCAACGGAAGAAAGACCACCCCGAGGAAGGAAAGUGAAGCAAACAACUGUUCACAAAUCAAAUCUACUAAACUAUAGCCUGAAUGCUGACACCCAGGAUGGUAAAGUUGAUUGGUCAGCUGUCUGUCCACAUUGGUCCAAGUAACUACAGGCCACAUUAACAUGAAAUUUGCUGUAGAUAAUUAUUCAUGCUCUCAUGGUGACAAAUUCUUAAAUUUAAUGACAGCAUGACUUAUCCUCUUGACAUUUUUUUUAUCCACAAACCAAAUACCAUUCACCUCUAUUGUCUGUGCACAAAUAACACUCAUUAACUAACAUAAAUAGGUAUAGGUAGGAGGUAUAGCAUAUUUUUUAAAGGCUCUUCUGUAUAUGAGUAAUGAGUACUUUACUAUGAUACUUUAUUGGUCCAUUGACAAGGACUUUGUGCCUGUAAAGUCAGUCUAGUCUAGUCCAUCCUUACAACAAUGAUACAUUAGACACUUGAUACAUGUGCCAAGUGAACAAGAAUGUGGCAAUACUAUGUAUGCUUGAUUAUACAGUGCUUUGCACAGUCAGUCAAGUAUUGUCUGAACUGUAUAACAUGGCCUCAAAUGAACUCACAUGAUCACUUACUGACUUUAUUUUACUGUGUAGAACCACACUAUAGUCUGUCGUAAAACCUUAGAGAGCUGCGAUGACACUCAGGGUUCAGUGUCAAGGAUCCAAUCUAUUCCAUUCAAAUGCCAUUAAUGUGAAUGUGCAUACUGCUACUACAGUAUGUUGUCUUCUAAAGCAUGUAAAACCUUGUAACUCAGACUACAGUGUCUUCAUAUUUUGCUUCAAUUUUUUUUCAGAUGCUUGGUUUUGUCAACUCUUUUUUUUUUAAUCUGUCACAUAGACAGAAAAAUGAACUGUUGUCAAGCUGAGGAUGACAAAAGAUUAAGGCUGUUUUAAGACUUUAACUUUAGAGACAGAGAGCAUAAACACUGUAUACACCACGAAUUAACAACACAAAAGAAAAUAAUCCAAUAUUUAAAUCCAUUUCAGAGGAAUUGUUUUCUUUUACUGUACCUGUUAGGUCAGUUAGGUCUCCAGACAGAGCUGUGGGGACGGUGGGAUCCAGGAUGAUGGAGAGUUUUUAUGUCCCAAAAGCAGUGAUCUGGUUGAUUAUUACUUUAUCUAAUUUAAUAUAUCCUUUCAAAAUAUUUUUAUAUAACAUAUUUAAAAUUCUAUUGAAUAUGUACACAUUAUGCACGACUGUAAAUCUGUUCUUAAUUUUGUUAA